AUGGUGACAUCCACUCCGGUGUAUUUGAUCUCGACAUGCCUCGGUGAAGCUUCUAUGCGAUACUUCCGAUCUCAUCUCUCCUUCCGUCCAUUCCAUAGCUCUGUUGCGGCGGCCAAGACCCCCGAUGUCUUCGCCAACAGCCUCCGCAAGACCUUAGAGGCUCAUCGUUCCGCCAAUCGGGCUCGACUCAUUCGAAAAACAUACCCAAAAGAAGACUCUCCCGGACUGUGGCGCCCAGAGGUCCCAAUUGAGAGUCGCGCGGGCUAUCAACUGCCGACAGAGCCAGCUCUACCGAUCUCGGAAUACUCGCCUGACACCCCCAAACCGAGGUCCGAUAAGCGCCAAAGCAAGCGAAAGGAUGAUGUCAAAGCGCAGUCUCGUCAGUCGCCAAUCGAUCGAGCCGGAGAAGACGCGAUUCAACCGGCUGGGAAUGGGCGGCCGCAACAAUCUCCAUGGCUGAAAGGUUUGGAGCUGCCUCGCGCCAGUGGCGAGACAAUCUUGGACAUGGAGAUCUGCGCAUUGGACCAGUAUCUUAUGCCGACUUCCCAGGAGACAGACCAAAUUGAAAAGCUUCGGGCAGAGGUAGCCUCACUUCUUGAGGAGGUAGUUCCGCAAGCGCCCAGAAUGAUUGGAUCACACUGCACCGGUCUUGUCCUGGCGCACUCAGAUCUCGACUUUAUUUUACCAUUUGAAGACUUGCCACGGUCAGCAGAUCGCGAUCGAAAACCUAGUCCUACCCGGCCUCAGAUUCAAGAUGCCCAUAUCCGCCUCCUCCGUCAGGUCGCGAGAGCCUUGCAACAUACCGAUGCAUUUAGUGGACAGGUUCAACUAUCUGACAAGCGCAACCCCGCAUUAUCAGCUCGACACCGGCGCACGGGGCUUUUGCUCCAGUUCUACUGUGGUGAAGGUGUUCCCGCCAUCACAGAGUAUUUGCAGGACUACCAGGCCGAAUAUCCCAAUCUCCGACCUCUGUAUGCCGCGACACGUACAUUGCUAGAGGCGCGUGGACUUUUCGGCUCACCACAAGCGGGCGUUGGACCAGAUGGGCUAGCAAUGCUCAUCGUGGCCUUCCUGAAGAUGAACCACGGGCGUUUCACAGGGCCCAAUCGCCUGGGUGACCACUUCCUUGCUCUCCUGCACUUCUACGGCACUGAAGUUGACCUGCCGUCCGUCGGCGUCGCAGUGGAUCCUCCUGGACUCUUCGGCACGGUAUCACUACCGGUAACCUCAGAUGUUGAUGAACCUGCCCAUCAGCGCGGCCAACGUUCUCUCAUCAACACGAAGCGUACCGCCGCAGUAAAGGGGAACCAUCUUGUCGCGCACCGGCUGUGCAUCCAAGAUCCAACCCAUUAUAUGAACGACCUAGGCCGUUCAUGCACUCGCACGUCUGAGAUGCAAAACGCUUUCAUGACUGCGCACCAGCAGCUUCGUCAAGCAUGCGACAAUUGGACGAGUAAUGGCAAGAAUAAGAAUCUGAGUAUACUUACGACUGCCUUACAUGCCAACUUUGAUACCCUGGAAAUUAUCCGCAAUCAGCUCGUGUACCUAGAUGACCAUUCCAAGAAAGCCCAGCGGGUGAUGAAGCAAUAUUGA